GUGGACUUACGAUAGCUUUGUACUUGAUGACUAUUUGGGCAUUCGCGACAAAUAUAAGUUAUUGCUUGAUAUAUUUGAGAAAUCGCCUGAUUUGAUGAAUGGAUAUUUGCCAUUCUUUAAGUAUGAACUGCAAAUAAACGAUAAAGGAGUACGUUAUAAGGCAGUAUCGAUGUUUGGAAAACUGUUCAGUAUGGGCCCAAUCAACUUGGCCGUAAGAGAACCAGAAAUAUGGAAACUUUACUUGCAGAGAUUUUAUGAUCGACAUGCGAGGGUGAGAAAGGUGUGUGUACAGAGCAGUGGAGGAAUUGUGGCUCAGUGGCCUCAACUCUUCGAUGACCUGAUGGCUCACAUCGCCGAAAUUCAGGGUGACACCAGUUCAAUAAUCAGAUUCGAGCCUUCAGACUUCAGCCUUGUAGACAACAAUGGUUGUGGAAGAACCUCUUUCCUUGAUGACGGUGUUCUACUAUCUUUGGUCGAAGAAAAUCGCAGAAAAACUGUUCGAGAACUGGCAGAGAAACUCACAAUUAGCAAAUUGGCCAUCACUGACCACCUCAACGUAAGUGGUAAGGUAAAAAAAACCUUGAAACUUGGAUUACUCAUGCAUUAA